CAUGAUUAUCCUCGUUAUACUGAUUUCUGUCUAGAAUGCUGAAACUGGCUGUAUUGUGCUGCCUGCUAGGAGCUGUUAUGUCUGCCCCCCAGACCAAGAAUGAGUUAACCUGUGAUAUCUGUAUUGAUGUAAUCACAGAUCUUGAUAACUGGCUAACCAGUGAUAAAACAGAACAAGAGAUAGUCGACUUUAUGAAGGAGAUUUGUGCAGCUCUUGGUCUGAUCCUACCCGACCUUGAAGCCACCUGUAACGAGCUGAUGGAUGCCCAGCUGCCCGGUAUAAUUGAUGAUCUUGUCAACAACAACCUCAACCCUACUGAGGUCUGCACAAACAUCGCUGCCUGCCCUUAAAUUCGUGGAUAUUGUAAUAAUUAGGUGCAAAUAAACUUUUAUUAGAAAAAACA